AUGUACAAAGGAGAUUAUCUGAGAUAUUUAGCUUCGAUUCACUCCAAAGUUGACUUUGAGCACAUCAUUUGCACUUUAUGGUGUCUAUGGUAUGAGCGUAAUCAAGUUCUACAUGGUAAAAAGUCGAGGUUGCCAUCUGUUCUUGCUGUUUUCUCCACUCAGUACCUGGAUAACUAUCGUGCGGCUCAGCUCAAAUAUCGACAGCCUGCAAUUUCACUUCAAAUGCCACCAUCUUCUUCUGCUGCUCAUGCACCUUGGCAGCCGCCUCCAAUGGGAUCUCUGAAAUUGAACAUCGAUGCUGCCUUGGAUAAACAUUGUAAUAAAAUUGGUGUAGGUGCUGUUGUACGAAAUUCAGUGGGACAGGUUGUGGUUGCUCUCUCUAUGCCUCUAAUUGGUAACUUCGCCUCCCACUAG